AUGCAUUCCCAGUUCCGCAUCCACCCAUCUCUCUUCACCACCUCGACCACCGCAACAGCACGGCCAUCUCGCUCGGCGCCCCGUCCAGCGACAGGUCUCAAGCAUCGCGCAUUCCACGCAAUUCCAAUCGACGAGUCGUUCUCCUCCUCUGUUACCUCUGCUUCUGCUGGUGGCGACCUUGCAGACUCGGCUAGCGACAGGGCCUCGUCAAGGUCCAGCCACCACGAGCAGCAGCACAGCAAGGACGCGCCCAAAGUCCAGGGCCCGCGAACCGCCAGGAAGGUAGUCCUCGGAGUUCCUAUCGGUAAUCCGCCAACUAUUCCUCCCACCGUCCUGACGGCCUUGGAGAAGCUCUACGAGGUAUACGUUGAGCACCCCGAACAGCCCGCCCCGAUCUCAUUCUCCACGACCGACUUCGACUGUCUGCUCCGAACCAUCGAAGCCUGUAUCGGCAGCCCGUCGUCCUUUUUAUCCCCCGAAGACGCUCACCUCCCCUACUCGUGGCCCCGGCGACUGCGCUCCGACGGCUUCGGCGGCUGGUUUCUCGAGCGCGUCCGCUGGGACUUCGAUGGGUCGUCCCUCGUCCUCCGCAUGCCUACCGAGAUCCACUUCGAUACGACGAACGACAUUAGCGAACACAUAAUAAAGCAAUUCCAACGAGCCUUGCUCAGCGGUGUAUGCAACGUGUGGUGGGAGGACGAGGAUGCCAGUAGUGAGGAGGGCAGUACAUCUACGGGGAGUGAUGAUGGGUCUGGACCGGACAGUGGGAGUGGCAGUGCGCAAGGAGAAGCUGAGGAGGUCAGAGACCUGUACCCGGGCCUGAUCGUCGAGGUCGGCUGGUCGCAUCAUACACCGCUCGAUCAAGCUGCAAAGUACAUACGCCACGGCAAUGGCCUAGUCCGGGCCGUCCUCCUCGUCAACGCUAAAUACGUCUGGCCCAAGGACCAGCCGACGACACCUACACUUCCCCAAAUCACUCUUAACGCCCUCCGACACGACGUGACACAGCACGGCUCUCUUGGCCCUGUUGACCACUUCAUGCGCGACGUCCUCAGCGCUGACGUCCCGGUCACGCUGCAAUGCAGCAAGUUCCGGCGUAUAUCCCGGAAGCAUUACGCCAGCAUGCGCUACACGGGCCCGAACCCGAAGAAGCGCUCUAGGGUCACGGACGACCAUCGGGCAUGGGAAGAGGAUGAGCGGGAAAGGGAGAGGGCGAACAAAAGGACAAUGGGGCUAGGGGACGGAUCGGUGGGCUUAGAAGACGAGUAA